AUGUCCGACUUGUGGAAACCCGCCCCGGAGCCGGAGACUGAGCUCGGUCGGUAUCGUAUCCUGUCUCCCACGGCGGGUAUCCGCGUCUCGCCCCUCCAGCUCGGAGCCAUGUCGAUCGGCGAUUCCUGGUCCAGUUUCAUGGGAAGCAUGGACAAGAACGCCUCUUUCAAACUGCUUGACGCUUUCGCUGAAGCCGGUGGCAACUUCAUCGACACGGCUUGCAACUAUCAGAAUGAGCAAUCCGAGGCUUGGAUCGGCGAGUGGAUGACAGCUAGGAAAAACCGGGACCAGAUGGUCAUCGCGACUAAAUACACAACGGAUUACAAGUCCCAUGCGCUCGGGAAGGGACAUGCUCCAAACCACUGCGGGAACCACAAGCGGAGUCUACACAUGAGCGUGAGAGAUUCGUUGAAGAAGUUACAGACGGAUUGGAUUGAUAUCUUGUACCUGCACUGGUGGGACCACACCACCUCGAUUGAGGAAAUCAUGGACAGCCUGCACAUCUUAGUUCAACAAGGCAAGGUGCUAUACCUCGGUGUUUCCGACACUCCUGCGUGGAUAGUUAGCGCAGCGAACACCUACGCCAAAGCGCAUGGGAAGACACCGUUUAGCAUCUACCAGGGAAGAUGGAACGUUUUAAUCCGUGACUUUGAGAGAGAAAUUAUCCCAAUGGCGCGACAUUUUGGUAUGGCUCUCGCACCGUGGGACGCCAUGGGGGGUGGGAAGCUCCAGACAAAGAAGGCACUCGAAGAGCGCAAGAAGGCAGGAGAGGGACUGAGGAGCUUGCUUGGCAGCGGCGAACAAACCGAGGAGGAGGUGAAGAUGAGUGAGGCACUGGCGAAAGUAGCAGCAGAGCACGGGAUUGAAUCCGUUACAGCCAUUGCGCUCGCGUACGUCAUGUCCAAAGCGCCAUACGUGUUCCCUUUGGUUGGCGGGAGGAAGGUUGAGCAUCUGAAGGAUAACAUUCAGGCACUCAAGAUCCGGUUGACACCGGAACAGAUUGCAUACCUUGAAAGUAUAAAGCCAUUUGAAGUUGGCUUCCCACAUAACUUUCUUGGCGAAGACCCGCAUGUCACAGGUAAGACUUCAGGGCUUCUUGCAGGCAAUGCCAGUUUGAGUUGGGUUAGGUCGCCUGCGGCUAUUGGGGCUGAGGGAAAGUGA